AUGGGCAGUCCAUCUGAGGAGGAUCUCUUCUUCACCACUCUCUUACAAAGUGGAGGAGAAGGUUGCACUCCAACAUAUGAGCAAUAUUCUAGUGUUAUGAUCCAAACAACUCCUCUUAACGGUGAAAAGAGGCCUCCUCCAAAAAAAGUUCAGAGAGGUGCAUCUUUCACUGUUGAGGAGGAUAACUUACUUGUAUCCGGUUGGCUCAACAUUAGCAUUGAUGCCAUACGGGGUACCGAUCAAAAAUCCACACAAAUGUGGGAGAGAAUUUCUGAGUUUUAUCAUGAGUAUAAAAAACCAAAUACUGCAAAUCGUUCGAUAGGGUCAUUGAUCAAUCGUUGGUCCAUGAUCCAGAAAUGCACAAACAAGUUUUAUGCAUUUCUAUCACAAGUAGAGUCAUUGCACCCAAGUGGUGCAACCGAGCAAGACAAGAUUGAAAAAGCUAAAAUAAUGUACAAAGAGAUAGAGAAGGGGAAUUUCACAGUGGAGCAUUGUUGGUGUCAAUUGAGACACCAACCCAAAUGGCAGCAACACAUGAACAUGCUGAAUACAAGGAGAAAACCACCCGAUAAACGUCCAGCCAAUGAGCAGUCUUUUGAAGUUCCCGAUGACGUUGUGGAGGAGAAUGUUGAGAGGCCUCCAGGCAAAAAACUUGAGAAGGAUAACUUAAGGAAGCGGAAGGCUCAGGAAGCAUGUGAUGUUGACUUCAACGGUGCGCUAGAAAAAAUGACCGCUGAUAGGCGACUGUUCAUGGGAGAGAGGAGAGCAUGGGUGACGAAGGCUGAUGAAGUGAGAAGUGCACAACUAGAACUUGAUAAGAGGAAGUUCGAGGCGGAGAUGAGUAAGGAUCUUUCUAAUAUGACCGUCAUGCAACAAGCCUAUUUCCUGAAUAUUCAGAAGAAAAUUUAUGAGGACUCUUUAAAUAAUUCCGAAGGUACAUUCGACACAUCUCCAUCCAUACCUCAUGGAGGUGUGUAA